UUCUUGACAAAUAAAAGAUUAACACAUUGCAAAAACAGCAAUAAUAAAAAAAUAAUUAAAAAAACAUGAUAUCUCAAUUUCAUAUUGUAACAUGACUAAAUCAUAACUAAAACUAAAAUUUAAUAAUUAAAAUAAAAUAAAUUAAAAUUUUAUAACUAAAAUAAAAAAAAUGAAAUAUUUAAUCAGCAUUUAUGUGGUUAUCCCCUAUAGAACUCUUUUUUUUUAAAAAUGAUAUCCCCUAGUCAGGACUGAAGCCAUUCUAAGAGUUGGACUGUCUAAAGGAAGCGAUUUAGGUUUCGGUAUCAUAGUCACUGGUUCAGGUCAGGAACCUUUAAAGACAAAUUAUAAAUAAUUUGGCUGCUGGGCCAGUUUUUAAAGGAGUUGACCUAUGAAAUAAAACAAGAAGACAUAUUCUUGUUUCCAACGAAGUAAAAUGUUCGAGAUUACGAGGGAUGCUAAUAAGUUUCCUUGAAAAGUCACAAUGCGUUCCUCUCUUGGAUUUUUCUUUGGAUUCUUUUCAACCCUGAAUUUAAGUUAAAUAAUCCCUUUGAUUAAGUCAAGUAAUCCCUUUGAUUAACUCAUAAGCCACAGUUUCCACCAUCUUUAACUCUUUCUAAUCACCUUUUUCUCUCUACUACUCCAUAACUUAGUAGCCAUCGUUUCUGUUCCCUGACAGGUGUUGUGGACCAAGCUACAAAAAGGCAGAUGGAGAAAUCUAAAAUACGCCAUAACCGACUCUGGUUUGUCAUCUUGAUUAUGUUUUCUUUCUUGUUUUUAUUUCUUUAUGCUUAUGAUUAUUCACCUUUUUCUAAUGAUUAUGAAACCAAUGGUCUCGCCUCUAAACUCAAACACUCUGCCAAUGCUUUCAGUACCCAAAAGUCUAAUUACAACUCCCUUGAUGAUUCUGAUCCAAAAUCUUAUUCAGAUUCUUGUUCAGGUCGUUAUAUAUAUGUUCAUGAUCUUCCUCGACGAUUCAACGACCUUGUUGUUGAAAAUUGCACUGCCCUUUAUAGAUUUUAUGACAUGUGCCCGUUCCUUACAAACUCAGGAUUUGGUGUUAAGGUUACUGAAGGGAUUAUAUCAGGACGGAAUUGGUUUGCAACUAACCAAUUUCUUUUAGAAGUUAUAUUUCGCACUAGAAUGAACAACUAUGAAUGUUUGACUAAUGACUCCUCGUUAGCUUCUGCCAUUUUUGUACCUUAUUAUGGUGGACUCGACGUCGGCCGCUACCUGUGGGACUAUAAUAUAUCAAGAGAUACUUUGGGUGCUGAUCUUGUCAAAUGGCUGGCACAGAAACCUGAAUGGAAAAAAUUGUUGGGUAGAGACCAUUUCUUUGUUUCUGGAAGGAUUGGUUGGGAUUUUCGAAGACAUGUUGAUAAUGAUAAUGGUUGGGGAAGCAAUCUUAUGUCUUUGCCUGAAUCUAUGAACAUGACAAUGCUGACAAUUGAAUCAACUGCCUGGAGUAAUGAAUUCGCGGUACCAUAUCCAACACAUUUCCACCCGUCAAGUGAAACUGAGGUGAUUGAAUGGCAAAAUAAAAUGAGGAAACAGAAAAGGCAUUACUUGUUUUCUUUUGCAGGCGCCCCACGACCUUUAGGCUCAAAGAGGUUAUGUAAGUUGCUGAAUUGUGACUCUGGACCAAACAAGUGUGACAACCCCGUCGAGGUCAUCAAGGUAUUUCAGGACUCGGUUUUCUGCCUGCAGCCUCCAGGGGAUUCGUACACUAGACGAUCAACUUUUGAUUCGAUUGUAGCAGGGUGUAUUCCAGUUUUCUUUCAUCCAGGAUCUGCUUAUGCACAGUAUGAAUGGUACUUACCAAAUGAUUAUACUACAUAUUCUGUGUUCAUACCAGGGAACUUGGUGAAAAAUGGGAGUAUCAGCAUCAAUGAGACUUUGCUUCAGGUUCCCAAUGAUAAAAUAACAAAAAUGAGAGGGGAGGUUAUAAAGCUGAUACCAAACAUUCUAUAUGCAAAUCCCAAGUCAAAACUAGAGAGUCUUGAAGAUGCAUUUGACAUAGCAAUUAAGGGAGUACUUGCAAGAGUCGAGAAAGUGAGAAAGGAAAUUAGAGAGGGAAAGUAUCCUGGCAUUGGCUUUGCAGAACCAAAUUGGAAGCUCAAAUUCUCUAGAAUGGGCCAACAAGACUGGUCCCGUUUCUUCUGAAAAAACAUUUGAUUGAUAGGAAAUUUUUUUUAUUUUUUAUUUAUUUUUUGUGUUUAUUAUCAUACUUUACUGCAAAAGGACUACUACAUUUCUGUUUCUUCUCGUUACUUUCUACAAAAAAGUUGCCAAGGUUUAGCAUGUAAUACAUUUGAGUCCCUAUUGUUCAAAAAUAAUAUUAAUUUCUGAAAUCUAAAAUUAAUUUAUUGA